UUUGCAUGAUUUUUCAUGCAGUCUUCUAUAAUACUCUUUUUUCAGAAAUUUGAAGUAGCUGCCAAGUCGCAGUUAAAGAAAUGGCAGAAGGUAUGGCAGAGGGAUGUUCAUAAAGCUGCGGACAAGGCUAAAAAAGAUUCUGAGGAUGCAGAGCGUAGGGAGAAGAAUCUUGAGGAAGCAAAGAAAAUUGUUCUUACUGAAGAUGCCAGCCUACCAAAACCUACAGAGAUUAAGAUACGAGUUGCUGAAGCCAACAGAAAUGUACGUGUAAAGAUUUAUGGAUGGGUCCACAGACUAAGGAGACAGGGAAAGAAUCUCAUGUUUAUUGUACUGAGAGAUGGUACAGGAUUCCUGCAGUGUGUAUUUACAGAUACUUUGUGUCAUACAUAUGAGGCAUUGACUCUUGCAACAGAAGCUGCCAUCUGUAUAUAUGGAGAAAUCAAGGAGCUGCCUGAAGGAAAAACUGCACCGGGCAAUCAUGAAAUGACUGCAGAUUACUGGGAGUUAGUUGGUGAAUCACCAGCGGGAGGGGCAGAUAACUUGCUCAACGAGGAAGCACAUGUUGAUGUACAGCUUGAUAACAGACACAUGAUGAUCCGAGGGGAAAACACAGCUAAGGUGCUGAAGAUGAGGUCAGUGGUGAUGCACUGUUUUAGGGAACAUUAUUUUGACAGGGGAUAUUAUGAAGUUACCCCACCCACCUUGGUGCAAACACAAGUAGAAGGAGGUUCUACCCUAUUUAAACUUAAGUAUUUUGGUGAAGAGGCAUUUUUGACACAGUCUUCACAAUUGUACCUUGAGACCUGCUUGCCAUCCAUGGGAGAUGUGUUCUGUAUAGCUAGUUCAUACAGGGCUGAACAAUCCCGUACAAGGAGACAUUUAGCAGAGUAUACCCAUAUAGAAGCAGAAUGUGCAUUCAUGUCAUUUGAAGAUUUACUGGAUCGUCUUGAGGACUUGGUCUGUGAUGUAGUUGACAGAGUAUUGAAAACACCAUAUGGUCAUAUAGUCAAGGAGCUGAACCCAAACUUCCAGCCUCCAAAGAAACCAUUUAGGAGAAUGGCAUACACUGAUGCAUUGGUAUUCUUAAAAGAAAAUAAUAUAACAAAAGAUGAUGGAAGUUUCUAUGAAUUUGGGGAUGAUAUACCAGAAGCUCCGGAAAGAAAAAUGACAGACAUGAUCAACGAGCCAAUAUUGCUGUGUAAGUUCCCGACAGAAAUAAAGUCCUUCUACAUGAAAAGGUGCAAAGAUGACAGGCGACUCACUGAAUCGGUUGAUUUGUUGAUGCCCAAUGUUGGUGAAAUAGUUGGAGGGUCUAUGAGGAUAUGGCAAUAUGAUGAACUGAUGGAGGGGUUUAAACGCGAGGGGAUUGAUCCUACAAACUACUAUUGGUAUACCGAUCAGAGAAAAUAUGGCAGUUGCCCACAUGGAGGGUAUGGUCUCGGCUUGGAAAGGUUCAUCUGUUGGAUUCUCAACCGGUAUCACAUUCGUGAGGUUUGUCUGUACCCACGUUUUGUUGAGAGAUGUAAACCUUGAACAACACGGGUAUCAGACAGGGGAACCUAUACUGUACAGAAAAAGAACAGUCCUGAAUGGAACAAUCUAUACAUAAAUGUGGCUUGGAUAUUAUUUUCUUGCUUCUAUUCGCCAAUUUGACGAUCAGCCACCUUGGUGUCGAAAUACUAUUUUCAUCACUCUGGUUCUACAAUUUAGUGGUCUACCACCUUUUUUCGCAAUAUUAAUAUUUCACAUCUUUGGCAUAAAAGAAUAGUUUUUGAGGUUAUAUUGAUUAAUAUUACAGAUAUAUGAACUGAGGGUCUCUCAAGUGACAAACUUUAGCAUAAAUAUAAUAUAAGCAUUGAUGACUUCUAUCCAGUCUACAGUAUGUAAAUACUGGUACAUCAGUACUGUAAAAGGGGAACCUGGACAUUUGGUGUAUGGGACACAGAUCAGUGCUAUAAUGUAUGUUUGUUUGCAAAUCAAUGUGCGCUUAAAUACAAACUUUUUUCAUAUUUAUUUGUAUACAUGUCUUUAUUUUUAAUUUAUGAACGUGCUGAAUGGCAUUACCAUUUGCAGUUGUUAAUGAUAAAGAUUUUUUUUUACUUGAAACAGCGAUAGAGCAAUGACAAAUUCUUUAUGUAUGUUGGGUGUUUAAAAAAUACCAGGAAAACUGCUCUGAAAUCUUACUUUCUGGUCAUGUUUUGGAAAUAUGAUAGAUUAGAACAUUAACAGUAAUUAUCAUUUGGAAGGCACCAUCACUGCUGUUAAAGCAGCCCAACGUUGUUAUGUCAUUGUCAUAAUCAGAAAUAGUCAAUACAAUUUGCAAUUACAAGAGGUGCAAUGAUUUUCACAUUUAAAUGUAUUUACUGCAACCUUUCUGUGAAUAAAUAAAAGACUGUUCAUGUAAUAUUCCUGUGGUGUUGAUAAAAUUAACACUGAACUGUAAUGCACAGAUCUAUAUCUAGGAGCUCUUGCGCUGCAAGUCAUCAAUGAUACUCUGCUUGCCAAUUUGAACCUCCCAUGACACUGGUAUAUUGUUUUCUUCCGGGCAUACCAGGUAGUUUCUUUAGUCUAACACAGCAUAGGAACCCUUUCUCUCCUGUUAUUACACAGUUAUAGCUUACCUCCAUUGAACACAUACUUCCAGGCAAUGAGCAACGCAAUAUUCCUGCCAAACAUUUUAAUCGUGUCACUUUUUUAAUUUGACAUCAUUGAAUCUAACACUAGUUAACAUAAAUAUAUUUAAGAAAACAAUGUAGGGAAAGAUGUAGCUGGGCAUGUUCCAACUUCCAUAUCAUUAUAAAUGAGGAAUAGUAUGUUCAAUGAAACUUGAACCAAGACUCUCCAAGAAUACUGUUGCAUUUAUUUGUUUAGAGUAUUAUAAGGAAUGAUUAAAUGAUGAUUUUAACAGGGAAGUUAGAACAGUUAUUGACAGGUUAUUUAGUCAUUUGUGAGUUUUUGAUAUUUCCUAGACAUUGUAACAUAUAUUGAACAAUUUGACAGUGAUGUAUCUAACCUGUUUAGAAAUAGUUAAAGUGAAAUGAAUUUUACAAAGUUUAUUGAAGUAAUGUGCAAAUCUUGCUUUAAUGUGUUUGUGUUGAAUAUAUGUAGGAAGAAACUUAAAUAAUGAUAUUUUUUAUUUACUAAUUUAAUUAAAUUGUUUUUUUUAUAUCUGUGAAGUUAUUUAAACUAUUUGAUUGCCACUAUUGUGAAGAAAAUGAAUGCACUUAAUAUAGAAAUAAACUCUUCAAAAUA